AUGAGCCGUUCACUCGGUAAUACAUAUCCUUUAAAUCUACAGGCAACAAAUUCGCGAAUGUCUACAGCGCCAGCAACUGAAUGGGAAGAUUUACGUAAACAAGCUCGUCAAAACGAAAAUGAAAUCGAUAGUAAAUUAAUGUCCUUUUCUAAGCUAUGUUCAAAUUAUGUUGCACAUGAUCCACAUGAUUCUUCUUCGUCGGCGACCACAACUUGCACAUCAUCAUUUGAGACGAUGUCGCUCGAAAUUGAAAAACUUCUUGAACGUUUAUCAGAUAUAAAUAAACGUAUGGGUGAUGUUGUACCAUCAUUAAUGGGACCAAAUUCUGCAGCAACGCACACGUUACAACGUCAUCAUGACAUAUUACUAGAUUAUCGCCGUGAAUAUGAACGUACAAAAUCAAAUAUACGAGAUUUUAAAAUUCGUGAAGAUCUUUUGAUAAAAACAAACACAAAUACUUCUGAUCUUGGAUCGUCGGCAGGUUUAAGUAGUCGUCGACAAGAUUAUUAUUUACGUGAAAUGAAUCACUUAAGCAAUUCACAUAAAAUAAUGGAUGCUAAUUUAGAAAUGGCAUCAAUGGUUAAAAGAGAUUUAUCAGAUCAACGAAAAUAUUUUUCAAAUAUAACAACUAAAAUUAAUUCUUUAACGAGCCGCGUUCCAUUGAUUAAUAAUGCUUUACAAAAAAUAAAAGUCAAAAAACGUAAAGAUUCACUUGUACUAGGUUUGGUCAUAGCGAUUUGUCUUAUUAUUCUUCUUCUUUACAUGUUUCGAUAA